UGACACUUGAUACCAAUGUAACCAGGUUAAUUGUACUUCCUUACGGCCUUUUGAACGUUCACAAUUAAAACAAACAACGAUAAUAUCAAGUGAUAGUAUUAAAUUGUUGUAUUGAUUAACUGUCCAGGUUAACCGAUUGAUGAAAUUGAUGAGGAUGUUAAUCAAUGAUAGUAAAGGGAAAAAGAUUUAAGAUGAAGAUAAUAUGUCACAUUACAUGUAAACAAUUAACUAAUUAAUAUUGGAAAGACUUUACCUCAGGCUAUAUUCAAACAUGUAACCUUUUUGUUUACUUUUUUAUUUGAUUUCACUUGUUUUUGGUUAACCUUUUUUUGUGUAAACAAUUAAAACCAUAAGGGUAAAUCGUUCAGUAAAUCAUUUUUAAUAAUCAAUAAAUUACACUUUAAUUAGUUAAUUUAUAAACUUUGAUCAAGGUAAAAUUGAUAAUUAGCACACAAUCGAUCACCCAACGAUUUGGAACUCUCUUCAAGGCAUUUGGUGCGAUGAUAUAAAUUGAUUCACAAACGGUCAGUAUUGAACAGUUAAUUGUUAACAGUCACGUUGUUAAAUCAUCUUUUUGUAAAAACCAAUCAAAUUCACAAUCAACAUCAAACUCAAAAUGAUUAAGAUCGUUGGAAUCGUUUUAAUUGCUCAUUUGAGCCUCUCAUCAGCCUCGGCGAUUCUUUCAUCAUUACCUGUGGCUGUUGCGAACACCGGUAAUUCAGUUCAAAGUCAAACUCAAGAUUCUCUUGGUAAUUAUGCUUUUGCUUACACGGAAAAUCAUGCCACCGGUGGUACAUCUCGUAAGGAAUCAGGUAAUCCUCUUGGUCAAGUGGUCGGUUCUUACUCGUUAGGUAUUGUUGAUGGACGUCAACGAAUCGUUAAUUAUGUUGCCGAUGCUUAUGGUUUCAGAGCUCAAGUUUUAACCAACGAACCAGGAACUGCACCAACUGACCAACCCUUACCUGUAGCUCAACCUGUUCCAGUUGCUGUUGCUCAUCAACCUACAGCCUAUCUUACUGGUCACCCUGGUUAUCCUCAACCAGCUUUACCAGCCGUUCAACCUGUAGCUUAUGCACCAACUUACAGUGUCUCACCUUAUCUUGGUUAAAAUUAUCAUCUUAAUCUGUGUGUUCACUUGUGUUCAUUUUAACAUUGGAUUAACUGUGAUCUAAACUACAAAAUUAUCUGAUAAUCAUCAUCAAUCACCUUCAUCAUUAGUGUUAAUCACAAUUAACAAUUUAGUACAAUUUUUCUUACCCAUUGUUUUCUACCAUUGUUCAUUGAUCCCUUUGGAUUUGAUUGAUAAUUAAUCGUAACCAGUGUGAUUUGUUGUUAAUCAAAUGUUCAUUAAAAGUGAUAAAUUAUUUUCGGAUUAAGAUUAAUUUGCAUUUCUAAUUACAACGAAUAGUCAAUUUUAAUUGUGAUUUAAAACAAAAAUCUUGUAACAAAAAAUACAAUUUAUAUUUAAACGAUAAUAAAUACUUGCUUG